AUGGCUGAAGAACCUCCCAGCGACUUCCUACACCCCAAGUCCGCCUCAGCACAUGACAUUGAACAUCGGCAGGAGGGCGACCAUGGCAUCAGCAUCAACCUCCCUCCCGACCACGAUGGCCGCCCUCCCCCGGUCAGGCACAUAUCCGCGCCUACGUACCAAAGUCCGAUAAGACACCAUCGAAGAGCGCCGUCGAGAUCAAAAGGUGUUAAAGAGACACUGAACGCGCGAUCCCAAUACGGCAGCAGCGACGAUGCCUCCGUCCACCGCAUCAACCAGUACAACAUCAAGCAAGAGAUUGGAAGAGGGAGCUUUGGUGCUGUACACCUUGCGGUCGACCAGUUCGGACAUGAGUUUGCUGUCAAGGAGUUCUCCAAGUCCAGAUUGCGAAAGCGUGCGCAGUCGAAUCUGCUACGAAAGCCGAACCAACCACGAAGAGCCGGACAUAUAGCGGCUGGCUUCAGUUUCAAUGCUCCUUUGCAUCUUGGUGCCAAUGGCCACACAGCUGAAGCUAACAACUCGCUGAGUCUGAUCAAGGAGGAGAUCGCGAUCAUGAAGAAACUCGACCACAACAAUCUGGUUUCGCUGAUUGAGGUACUGGAUGACCCUCAAGAAGACUCGCUGUACAUGGUCUUGGAGAUGUGCAAGAAGGGCGUGGCAAUGCACGUCGGUCUCGACGAGCGCGCACAGCCUUACCAGGACGAGACCUGCCGUUGCUGGUUCCGCGACAUGAUUUUGGGUAUUGAGUAUCUGCACGCGCAAGGCAUCAUCCACCGAGACAUCAAGCCUGACAACUGCCUCAUCACGAAUGACGAUGUGCUGAAAAUUGUUGAUUUUGGCGUAAGCGAGAUGUUCGAAAAACAAUCAGAAAUGACUACUACAAAGUCUGCCGGCAGUCCAGCUUUCAUGCCACCAGAGCUUUGUGUGGCGAAGCACGGACAGGUCAGCGGACGGGCAGCCGACAUCUGGAGCAUGGGCGUGACAUUGUACUGUCUGCGAUACGGCCACAUACCUUUCGAGAAGGGCAGUAUUAUGGAGCUCUACGAUAGCAUACGAGGUGACGAACUUCCUCUCGGAGAAGAGCAAGAUGCCAACUUUGCAGACCUGAUGAAGCGCAUGCUCGAAAAAGACCCAGAGAAAAGAAUUACGAUGGACCAGCUAAGGCAACAUCCGUGGGUCACAAGAAACGGGACGGACCAACUGCUCUCAGCCAAGGAGAACUGCGCAGACAUCAUCGAGCCUCCUUCGCAAGCUGAGAUGGACCACGCAAUCACUGGCAACAUGGGCAACAUCCUUGCUGUGGUCAAAGCAGCGAAGCGCUUCCGUAAGAUCAUCAGCGACAAGCGAGGCCGUUUCAUAGAUGGUAUAUUCGGCCGCGACUCCAAUUUUGUGCUUCCUCCACACACUCUCAGAAGCCAUUCCCAGGACGAUCAUGACCGACACCCGCUCGACAAGAUACUGGUCACCUCUGGCGUCCAACGGGAGUAUGGCGAAAACGCUGAUCUGGAAAAAGUGGCCAGCGACUUGGAUGACCUCCAGUUAGUGCAGUCGCCUGAAGCUAGCGGCCCUGGCGGCUUCGAAAGGAGUCGCGACGAAUCCAAGGCACAUUACAAACAACGCCAGGAGACAGCGAGUCACCACCCCAGUCUGGACGAACAUGCGGGGGAGAUGCGGUCAAGGAUAGCCGAAGGAGACGGUCAUGCAAGAGGUCAAGCACAUGACCCCUUGGAAGACAAUACAUACCUCGCCAUAGGCGUCGAUCCUGAGGCACCCGGAAACGAAGACUAUCUCGUCGUCAGCGAAAGCCCGCCGGCGGUCGACAUGAACAUCUACGAGCAAGCGUACCAGGAUGAGAUGGAGAGGAUUCUUCAGCGCCGCGGUGGAGAGCCGUCCAUAUACAUGACCCGCCGAGUCGAGCACCGAGACGAUAUCCGAGCAUUGAGCAACAUCAAAGACGCUGGCAAGCAUGCUGUGAGGCGCGCAGCGCUCAGGUUUGAUCGACUGUCAAGUAGCGGCUUUGCAACGACACAGGAGGCUAGUGAUGCCGGUCGGUCCGCCGCGAGAAGUGCUGCAGACAAGUUAUCUGGCAAGUGGGCCACGGGAAGUACUUCUGCUUCCGAAUAUUUGGAGCCGUGGAAGCAGACGGCCAAGGACACGGCAAGUCGAGGUUACGGAAAGAUGGGUGACAUCUACAGUAAAUCUGGCGGCGGAGGCGGCAAGAUCUCGGAUUUGGUGUCUCGCGCUCAGGCGAAGUAUCGAGGUGAAGGAUCCGAGUCGAGCGUGCCAGCCAAGCAAGCAGAGGCGACGCAACAGGAUGCUACCACCACGGGCCAGCCGGACGAAGCAUCCGUGACUCCAGCAGCACCAGAGCUGCCCACAGUUGCGCCUGGGGGCUCAGAACAGCCGAAGGACGACACAUCGAGCACGCCAGCGGCACUGCCCGUGAAGUCAGCCUUUACGGAGCACAUCAUAUAA